GGAGGAGGAGGAGGAGAGGAAAGGAGGAGGAGAAGGAGGAGAGGAAAGGAGGAGAGGAAAGGAGGAGAGACAAAGAGAAAUCCGCGGACUGUUAGAAAUGAAAACAGAGUGUUGAAGAUUAAACCGGAAGACGGUUUGUGUGCAACAACGUCAUCAUGGAGGCAGAGCCUGGAGGAGCAGAGCGAGGCCCGGACGAGGAAGAGGAGGUGGAAGGAGGUGAUGAAGAGGGAGGAGCGGACACCGUGGAAACCCCCAAUGGGCCGGUCUACUGUGUCUGCAGGAGACCGGACAUCAACUGUUUCAUGAUAGGGUGCGACAGCUGCACUGAGUGGUUUCAUGGCAGUUGUAUUGGAGUGUCAGAGAAAGCAGCGAAGUCCAUCAGAGUCUGGUACUGCCCGUCCUGCAGAGACAGAGAUCCUUCUCUGGAGAUCAAAUACCGACCGAAGAAGACGAAGGAGAAGGAGUCGGAGCCAGAGAGGGAAGACAAACCUGAUGGAGAUGGGAGCUCCACCCCUCAGCCUAAGAUUGACAGGAGGCGGGGCUCACAGAUCAAGCGCUCGGCUCGUAUGUGUGGCGAGUGCGACGCCUGUCUGCGGACGGAGGACUGCGCUCAGUGUGACUUCUGUAAAGACAUGAAGAAGUUCGGAGGUCCAAACAAAAUCCGACAGAAGUGUCGCCUGAGGCAGUGUGAGGUCCGAGCCCGGAAGAUGCUUCGUGUCAAAGACGAAGAGAUGAGUCGGAGCAGUGCGAGGGGGCGGGGCCUCCCAAGGAAAGGGGCGGGGCAUCAGACUGAGGAGGAGGAUGAGGAGGACGAAGACGACGACGAAGGAGCAUUCAGUGAGAGCGAGCUGGAGCUGUACGAGCAGUACAAAGCUGCCGGAUACAGAGACCUGGUGUGGCACAGUGAGGAUGAGGACGCUCAGUCAGACUCUCAGAGGAAGAAGGCAGUGAAGGUGAAACACGUCAAGAGACGAGAGAAGAAGACGGAGAAGAAGAAGUCGGUCUCGGCUCCCAAAGAGGAAGUGAAGCCUCGCCGCCACAAAGCCAAGCAGCGCCACAGGGAGCGCGUGCGACACAGCGAGCGAGGAGGAGAGGGCGGGGCUAAGGAGGUGGGCGGGGCUCUGAGGCAGUGUCAGGGUCCAGGAUGUGUCCACCCGGCAAGGGUCAACUCCAAAUACUGCUCUGAGGACUGCGGCAUGAAGCUCGCUGCCAAUCGUAUCUAUGAGAUCCUUCCUCAGAGGAUCCAGCAGUGGCAGCAGAGUCCGUGCGUUGCUGAGGAGAUGGGGCGAAGACAGCUGGAGCGAAUCAGGAAGGAGCAGCAAGCGGCGAGGCUCCGCCUCACACUGAUGGAGAAACGUUUCCACGAACUCGAAGGAAUCAUCGCCAACGCCAAACAGCAGCAGGUCCAACAGCACGAGGAGGUUACUGAAGGUGAUGGUGAUGACACAGACCUUCAGAUCUUCUGUGUCUCCUGUAGUCAUCCCGUCAACCCGAAGGUGGCGCUGAGACACAUGGAGAGAUGCUACGCUAAGUAUGAGAGUCAGACAUCGUUCGGCUCAAUGUACCCAACACGUAUAGAGGGGGCGACCCGGUUGUUCUGUGAUGUGUAUAACCCUCAGAGUAAGACGUACUGUAAGCGGCUGCAGGUUCUGUGUCCCGAACACUCCAGGGAUCCAAAGGUCCCUGCAGACGAAGUCUGUGGUUGUCCUCUGGUCAAAGACGUGUUUGAGUCGACCGGCGAGUUUUGUCGCGUGUCAAAGAGGAAGUGUAACAAACAUUACUGCUGGGAGAAGCUUCGCCGCGCCGAGGUCGACCUGGAGAGAGUCCGCGUGUGGUAUAAGCUGGACGAGCUCUUUGAACAGGAGAGGAAUCUGAGGACAGCGAUGACCAAUCGAGCCGGUUUAUUGGCUCUGAUGCUGCACCAGACCAUCCAGCACGACCCAAUCACAACUGACCUGCGCUCUGCCAAGGACAGGUAGACAGACAGGCAGACAGACAGGUACAGAGAGGAUGCUCCGGUGUUUCCUCUCAAGGAGAUAGGAACCAAAGAAUCACAACCAAAGAACAGCUCUGUAGCCCGGAUGUUGACCUGUUGACCUGCUCGCCGUUGGACUCCGUCCAUACUAUCUGCUGAGACAGAUCCUGCAUGUCAGCAUCGU